AACUAUUAUAUUAUAUUCCCUCUAAACCAAACUGCAAACUCAACAGGCAUUUAGAGAAGGAAACGGAAAACUUGAAUCCAAAAUCACCACUCACUCACUGGAGAAGUUUUGCUUAUCUGCUCUCUCUUUCUUUCUCUCUUAUUCCAAAAAUCUGUUCACUCUGACGACAACACUUAAACCUGUUAUCUAAAUUGACAUUCCUUGAUGGAUCUGGAGUCUGUGAUCUACAAAAACUCUUUUAAGGAUGGAUCAUGGAAGACAGUGUUAACAUUGGCUUAUCAGAGCUUAGGAGUUGUGUAUGGCGAUUUAAGUACAUCCCCACUUUAUGUUUACAAAAGCACUUUUGCUGAGGACAUUCAGCAUUCAGAGACCAAUGAAGAGAUAUAUGGAGUGUUGUCUUUUGUGUUCUGGACUCUCACACUGGUUCCACUCCUCAAGUAUGUCUUCAUUGUGCUCAGAGCAGAUGACAAUGGAGAAGGAGGGACUUUUGCUCUGUACUCUCUUCUAUGCAGGCAUGCUCAGGUGGGGUUGUUGCCUAAUGUUCAGCUUGCAGACGAAGAACUAACUGAGUACACCAAGGAUGGAACAGUGCCAAUUGAUAAGAAGAAUGUUGGGUUGGGGUUGAAAUCGGUGUUCGAGAAACACAAGGUUCUGCAGAGGGUGCUGCUUGUUCUGGCUCUGAUAGGGACUUGCAUGGUUAUUGGGGAUGGUGUGCUUACACCUGCUAUUUCUGUUUUCUCUGCCGUGUCAGGGUUGGAGCUUUCUAUGUCUAAAGAACAGCAUAGGUAUGUUGAAGUACCAAUUGCUUGUGUGAUACUGAUUUUUUUGUUUGCACUUCAACAUUAUGGAACACAUUGCGUGGGGUUUCUAUUUGCUCCUGUUGUGUUGACCUGGCUACUAUGCAUUAGCUGUAUCGGUAUGUAUAAUAUCUUACAUUGGAAUCCUCAUGUUUAUGAGGCUCUCUCUCCCUACUACAUGUUCAAAUUUCUGAAGAAGACUCAAAGAGGAGGUUGGAUGUCCUUAGGGGGAAUUCUACUGUGUAUAACAGGUUCUGAAGCCAUGUUUGCUGAUCUAGGGCACUUUUCACAGUUGUCGAUUAAGAUUGCUUUUACUUUUCUGGUAUACCCUUCUUUAAUUCUGGCAUAUAUGGGACAAGCUGCAUAUCUUUCCAAGCAUCAUACUAUUGAAAGUGAUUACCGAAUUGGGUUCUACGUAUCUGUACCUGAGAAAAUUAGAUGGCCUGUUCUUGCAAUAGCCAUACUUCAAGCUGUGGUUGGAAGUCAAGCUAUCAUCACAGGUACUUUCUCAAUAAUCAAACAAUGUUCUGCAAUGGGAUGCUUCCCCAAAGUCAAGAUCAUUCAUACAUCAUCAAAGGUACACGGCCAGAUUUAUAUCCCAGAGAUCAACUGGUGUUUGAUGCUACUUUGCCUUGCUAUUACUGUUGGUUUUAGAGAUACAAAACGCAUGGGAAACGCAUCAGGCUUGGCUGUCAUAACUGUGAUGCUGGUCACCACUUGCUUAAUGUCUCUAGUUAUUGUUUUAUGCUGGCACAAGAGUAUUUUCCUAGCCAUUUGCUUCAUAUUCUUCUUUGGGUCCAUCGAAGCACUGUACUUCUCUGCAUCCCUGAUCAAGUUCCUUGAAGGAGCAUGGGUGCCCAUUGCCCUCUCGCUCACAUUUCUUAUCGUGAUGUAUGUGUGGCACUUUGGCACACUUAAAAAGUACGAGUUUGAUGUUCAGAAUAAGGUGUCCAUCAACUGGCUCCUUGGUUUAGGCCCCACUCUAGGAAUUGUGCGUGUAAGAGGAAUUGGCCUAAUACACACUGAACUUGUGUCUGGGAUCCCAGCCAUUUUCUCUCACUUUGUCACCAAUCUCCCAGCUUUUCAUCAAGUAGUGAUCUUCCUCUGCGUCAAAUCUGUCCCAGUGCCACAUGUGAGACCUGAAGAAAGGUUCUUGGUUGGUAGAGUUGGCCCAAAAGAAUACAGGCUUUAUAGGUGCAUAGCUCGGUAUGGUUAUAGGGACUUUCACAAGGAUGACAUUGAGUUUGAGAAAGAUCUUAUUUGUAGCAUAGCAGAAUUCAUUCGGUCAGAUAGUUCUGAGUCCAACCAAGGAUUUGAGAGUUUUGAAGAUGACACAAAAAUGGCAGUUGUAGGAACCUCAGCAUCAAAUUCAGAAGGUAUAAGGAUGUGUGAAGAUGAUAACAAAAAUUCUCAGAUGAAAGAUUGCAUAGAAAUGAGGGUGGUUAAGUCUCCUGAAAUAGUUAGGAAGAGAGUGAGGUUUGUUGUGCCAGACAGUCCAGAGAUUGAUUUGGGUGCAAGGGAGGAGUUGCAGGAACUAAUGCAAGCAAGGGAAGGAGGAAUGGCAUUCAUAAUGGGCCACUCUUAUGUGAAAGCAAAGAGAGGUUCAAGUUGGAUAAAGAAAGUUGUGAUCAAUUAUGGGUAUGAUUUCUUAAGAAGAAAUUCUAGAGGACCAACUUAUGCUCUAAGUAUCCCUCAUGCUUCUAUCCUAGAAGUUGGCAUGGUCUACCAUGUCUGAGUUUUGGCUACAAGUUAUGCAGUUUAGAUAAAUCAUACACAGCAUAAAUUGGUUGCAUUUUUUAUAGUGCCCCUCCAUGCUACCAAUCUUUUCAUUUCUCCUCCUGAUACAUGAAUAAAUAAUAUGUUAGGAGGGAAUUUUCGCCCAUUGUCCAAGUAAAUGAACGUCAAGUGACCAAUGGAUAUUUUUGUGGGAGGUAUUUUAAUUUUUUUCAAUAGAAAACUUUGUAACAGAAAGAUUAGUUUGGUUGUGGAUUGUGUAUCUAGCAGGCCUAGAACUUUGUAAAAU